AUGGGACGGCUUAAAGGGGAAAAGCCGAGGCCAGGCGCGGUGGAGGAUGAGAGGCGUUUCCGAAGCCCGUGGGAGCCAACGUCUUCCGGCAUUGCGGUGUCUGGGAAACCCGGCGAAGAGGCGCGCGGAGCCCCGGACCCGGUGCUGCUGCAGACGCAGGUGCAGGAGGGCUUCGGUUCGCUGCGGCGCUGCUACGCGCGGGGCCAGGCCCCGCACCCCCGCCAGGCCGCCUUCCAGGGCCUCUUUCUGCUCUACAAUCUGGGCUCUGUGGAAGCCCUGCAGGAAGUUCUACGGCUGCCUGCCACCCUUCGUGCCUGCCCACCCCUUCAGACUGCUCUGGCUGUUGAUGCUGCCUUCCGUGAAGGCAACCAUGCCCGGCUGUUUCGCCUGCUUCGCACCCUGCCCUACCUACAGAGCUGUGCAGUGCAGGGACACAUUGGCUAUGCCCGCCGCAAAGCCCUGGCCUGUCUGGCCCGUGCCCUGAGCACUCCUAAAGGACAGACCUUGCCUUUGGACUUCAUAGUACACCUUCUGGCCCUGGAUGGACUCCACGAAGCACAGGACCUGUGUCAGGCCCAUGGACUGACCUUAGAUAAAGACAGAGUAAUAUUCCUAAGGGGUCGCUACUCUGAGGAAGGACUCCCACCUCCUGGUACCUGCCACAUAUUAGUGGGAAGCAAGCUGCAGGGACACACCCUGGAGGAAGUGGUCAUGGCAGAGGAAGACAAGGACAUGCACAGACCUGGAUCUCCAGCUUGAGAGGGUUGUCCAAGAACUGGACCAGAGCACCUGGGGCUCUUUUCAUGAUUCCCACAUAAUAAAAGGAACUCAUUUUACAGGAA